GUGUACACUCAGGAUCCCGGUCACGAGUUCGCUUCGCUGUUGUUUUUAUCACCUAAGCUCUUUAGAUCUUAUGUUUCAACGGCAAGGCCGCCCCUAGAUGUUAAAACAUCGCUUAAUGUAUUUCUCUGAUGAAGAGCGAUCACUUGUCAAGGAAACUGAAGUGGUGACAACCUUCUUUGUGACUUUCAAUUUGGAGCAACACCAUGGAUGUAAGGGAACUUGGACCUCCUUCAAUGAAGAGACUCAUCCAACUCUGCCUUUGUUUAUGCUGUGGUUUGCAGGUUUUUGGAGCACCACCUCCCACCCUGAAACUCGUUCAUGUGUUAUAUCGUCAUGGUGACCGCAGUCCUGCUUACAUCUACCCAAAGGACAUACACCAAGUUCCAGGCUCAUGGCCAGAUGGUUUGGGUUGGCUGUCCAAUAUAGGAAAACAACAACAGUAUGAGUUAGGCCAGUACAUUGCUGAGAGAUACAGUGGGUUUCUGAACACCUCAUACUAUCAUCAUGAUCAGAUUCUGAUCCAGUCAUCAGGAGUGGAGCGCUGUUUGAUGUCUGCUCAGAGCAACCUGGCCGGGCUCUUCCCACCUCAGGGUCCACAGGUCUGGAACAGUAACUUCACCUGGCAGCCGAUUCCGGUCCAGACCACUCCAACACAUACAGAUAAUAAACUGGCUUUGCAAGCUCCGUGUCCCAGAUAUAAGCAGCUGAUGGCAGAGGUUCUGAACUCGCCUGCGAUAAAGAGAGAAGAAAAAGAGAAUAAGGCGUUUUAUGGCAAGAUCGCAAAGGCUGCAGGCGUGAAGAAAGAGUCUAUUAAGGAUUUGUGGAUGAUUGCAGAUGCUCUCAUUUGUGAGAAAGCACACAACUACACCUGGAAUAAGUGGGUUUAUGAGCCAGGAGUGUGGGAUAAAAUAAACAGUCUCUGGACCCUGUCAUUUGAUCUGCUCUUCAGGCGAACUGAAAUGGCCAAGUUGAAAGGAGGACCGCUGCUAAAAGAGAUUAUCAACAACAUGAAAAAUGCAAACAAGGAAUCGUCACCUUCUCCGAGAUUCUAUAUGUACUCAGCUCAUGAUACGACAGUUGCAGCCUUCCUGAGCGCUAUGCAGGUGUUUGAUCUCCACCAGCCCAUGUAUCGUGCCCUGGUCAUGGUGGAACUGCAUCAGAUUAACGACGACCAUGUGGUCAAGAUUUUCUACAGGAAUGAGACCACUGCGGAUCCCUAUGAGCUUUCCCCGCCAGGCUGUAAGAAUCCUUGCACUCUGGGCUCUUUUGUUGAGGCUACCAAGGCGACGGUCCCCGAGGACUGGGAGAAAGAGUGUCAAGCUCAGAGUUCCCCUGCUUCCCACAAGCUCUUUCCAGCAUCUUGGAUUACCCUCGCCUUCGGCAUUUGCUCCUGCACUAUCUUAUGCGUUGUACUGGUGGUGACGGUUUUACGACUACGUACUAAAAGAAAUUGUACAUAAAAAUAAAAUUCUAGACUUUGAUUUUUCGUCCAAUGUCUUGUGUGUUAUAAUCGUUUAAUUUUUUCUGCAUGCCACGGUUAUUGUGAUUUGCAUGCGAAGGAUGGCGUUGUUGAUUUUUAUGAUUUUUGUGUCACUUUGCCAUGAGCAGUUUGUGGAUGUCUCCUCAUAUGACUCGAGUGUAGCACUUAUGCAGCGUGAAAGUAAUGUAGCCCUGGUAGAUUAACUCUUUGAAGACGCACAUUUCGGCCUGUAAACAACGCUUGAAGAUGUACUGUUUUGGGGCAUUUAAAAAAGAGAAGCAUUACUGCGGUCUUUGUACAAAUAUUUCAGUUUAUUUUUGUUUAACUUAAACUUUAAAAAAAGCGACUAUAACACACGUAUGAUGAAAUAUGCAAAUUUGUGCUUCUGAUUUGUCCUGGAGAGUUCGGAAGAUGCCACAACUUGGCUUUUGGUCUGCUGUCGGACAUAUUAUGUAUCCGCUGCGUCUUUGUAGAGUUAUAUUUUUAAAAAAAUGAAUGAAUCACUGAUGAUCUAAUGAAUGCCACGACAACACGUUUGUGUCUAUUCUGUUAAUCCCGUCGUUUUGUCCUGAUAUUGCUUAUUUUUUGGCGAAAGGAGUUUCUCUGAUGAUGAGUCAUCGAGUAAUUGGUUAACCCAUCAUACGUGACUGAGUAGUAGUUACUGCAUUGCAACAGAAUAGAGAUUUAUUUUUCCUUUUAAAAACAAGACCAUAAUGGUUCAUUUAUGAGGGGGGAUGGGCAUUAAGUUGUAAUGUCUCAAAAUUAAACCUUCAUUUUUUGUCAAAACCAUGUCCCAAUUUGAAACAAUUUCGGCAUGGAAAUCAGUGUCAUGCAUAAAUUGUUGAUUUCUGUGGAUUAAAAUGGGGAUAUUCGUGGA